AUGCGUUGCUUUGGGAGUGCUCGAAAGCGCCGUCAAAGAGACUGCCUCAAAUCGCGAUGGGAUCGAAUACGUCAUUACUCGCAUCAGAUAGUAUGGAAAUGUUUCCAGUGUGCUAAUUAAUGAAAGCACUCUUGACGGCGCGGCCUUGUCCAGAAUGAAGAGUGAGCUUGAGAAACGGCUGGUCGAGCUCUACAAAGCUCUGCUCCUGUAUCAAAUGAAGAGUGUUUGCUCGUACCACAGAAACCGUGGCUACGGAUUCUUGCGGGAUUUAAUAAAGCUUGAUAACUGGGCAGUCAGUGUCCAAAAUAUACAGAAAGCUGAAGACAGCUUACGCCAGGAUGCUGAGGUAUACGGCAGCCAACAGUCCCGAUCACGCCUCGAACUCAUUGCGAACCAUGCCAAAACCCAAGAAUCGGAGAUCAAAAGCAUUGCAAAGGCUCUAGAGGAGCAACUCCGUCGUCAAAUCUCCGUAGAGGAUCAAACCUGUUUGAGGGAAUUGUGGUCGCACGAUCCUUAUACGGAAAAGAAACGCAUUGAGGAUACAAAGGGGGGUUUCUUACAAUACUCUUUGAACUGGAUACUUGAGAACGACCAUUUUUGUCAGUGGUUUGAAGAUCCCAGCCGUCCACUCCUCUGGAUCCGUGGAGAUCCAGGAAAAGGCAAAACGAUGCUUUUAUGUGGCAUCGUCGAUAACCUGCAGAAAUUGGCGCCCUCUAGUCUUGUCUCACUUUUCUUCUGCCAGGCCACAGAUGAACGGAUCAAUAACUCAAUUUCAGUAUUACGGGGGUUGAUCUUCUCGCCAGUUGAUCAACAGCGGCACCUUUUAAAGCAUUUACGGGAGCACUAUGCCCGUCAAGGAAAAUCUCUUUUCGAGCCGCCGAGUGCGUGGUAUGCUUUGCCUGAUAUCCUACAAUCACUUUUAUCAGAGUUAAACAAUAGUCAGAAGCCGACUUGUCUUCUUGUCGAUGCACUUGAUGAGUGCGUGAACGAAGACAUGUCACGACUUCUCGAUUUUAUUGUUAAGAUGUCUAAUGAAUUCCCCUAUGUCAAAUGGGUCGUCUCGAGUCGCAAUUGGCCACAAAUCAUAGAUAAACUUGAGAGUUUAGGGCCGCAAGCGCAGCUUAGCCUAGAGCUGAACGUUAACUCUGUAGCCAGUGCCGUCCAGAUAUACAUCAAGCAAAAGGUCUCACAGUUAAGCGAAAGCAAAGGAUAUAAGAAGGACAGAGAAGAAGCAGUUCGAAAAUAUCUCCAGGAGAACGCUGACGGCACAUUCCUCUGGGUAGCCCUGGUUUGUCAAAAUUUGCAGAGGGUCUCGGCAUGGAACGCCCUGAGUAAAUUGAAGGCGUACCCUCCGGGACUCGAUUCGUUUUAUCAGCAGAUGAUCAAUGGUUUAGCCAAGUCUAGUGAAGCUGAGAUCUGCAAACGCAUACUUGCUGUUAUCACUGUUGCUCGCCAACCUCUUACACUCCAAGAGUUGAUAGCACUUGCUGAAACCCCAGGAGAGCUAGACGAAAAGAUACCAGCCAUUUGUGACCUCAUAGCGCAAUGUGGUUCAUUUCUCACCAUUCGAGAUGAAGUCGUCUAUUUUGUGCACCAGUCAGCAAAAGACUUCUUAGUCGGCACGAACACGGAGCAAACGCUUUUCCUAGAGAUUGCGAAGGUCAAUGAUUAUAUAGUAUCACGAUCUUUAGAUCUAAUGUCUGAGCUUUUAAAGCGGGAUAUGUAUAAUCUGAGCGAUCUAGGAAUACAUAUUGAUGAUGCUCAAGCCCUUGAUCCGAAUCCUCUGACCGCCAUUGGGUACUCUUGUGUUUUCUGGAUUGAUCAUUUUGUGGAAUCAAUUACGAGCAAGAAAAAAACAACAGAAACAGAAGAUAUCUGGCAAACACUUGUUGAUGACACCAAAGCGUUUAUUGAGCGGAAGUAUCUAUUCUGGCUUGAGGCUCUCAGCUUACUCAGACGAAUACCGGAGGGUAUAAUGGUAAUAAGAAAGUUGCAGGAAGUCUAUAAGAAGGAAAUGAUAUAUGAUUCGACUGGCCUUAUUCGAGAUGCCUAUCGAUUCAUAUUGGCAGCCAAACAGACCAUUGAGAGUUUCCCCCUUCAAAUUCAUCCAUCGGCCCUUCUUAUAUGUCCAAUCACAAGCCAGAUACGACAACAAUCGUUGGAAGACCCGGCAACAUUCUUUGAAAUGAAGCAUGGCAUGCAGAUUGGGUGGGAUUCAUGUGUCCAAACUAUAGAUACAGGCUUAACACCGGGACUUUUAGCUAAAUCGCCAGAUGGCAAGCUCUUGGCAUCAAUGUCCCUUUCAGGUACUACAAUUUGGGAUAUAGCCACUGGGUCUCGCCUAAAGACUCUCAAGAACCCCGAUCAAGAGCUUGCAACUUUUUAUCGCAAUGAUCCAUAUCUGCUUUUCUCACCAAAUGGACAGCAUCUGGCCGCGGUUGACGAAAAAUGGGCUGGGAUUAUUAUCUGGGAUAUCGCAUCCAGUGAACCCAUACAAAGGCUACAAGGUUAUAUGCACUUGGGCUGUAAUCUAUCUUUUUCACCAGAUGGGAAGCACCUCGCCUCUGGGUCAGACGAAGACACCAUCAUUAUCUGGGACCUAGCUUCGGGUAGGCGUAUGCGAACUCUCGAGAAUACUGAAAGAGUCGUCUUAGUAUCGUUUUCCCCCAGCGGCAAAUUGUUGGUCUCAUGUUCAAUUGGGGGAUCAAUCAAAAUAUGGGAUGACACGGGUAAAUGCAUACAGGAAAAAACUCUAGAUGAAGCAUGGAAAACGACUCACAACACUCCCAAUCACUGCUUGAAUUUGCGGUUCUCGCCGGAUUUAUCUCUCCUGGUGUUCCGCGAUCUAAACGACAAUAUCAAAAUCUUGGACUUAAGCUCCUUUCAAUAUAUCAAGGUUAUAAAAUGGGACAGGCCUAUGAAUGGAGAACCUUGCAUUACCUUUCUUCCAAAUAGGCAACUGGCAGUGGCUACUGCGAAUGAUGGAGUACACUGUAAUUGCAUAAACAUCUGGGAUAUUGAUGCAAAUAAAGUUUUAAGGACUUUAAGACGUCAUAUUUACCAAAUUGGCUCAGUUGAGGUCUCGCCCGACGGGAGUCAACUGAUCUCCUCAUCAGAAUUGGAUUGGACUAUCUGAAUAUGGGACAUAGACCCAGAAGCGGAUGAUUCCGAUAUGUGGGAGGGGCAUGAGGAGUAUCACUUGCCGAUGGCUUUUUCGACAGAUGGAAGUAAAUUCGCAUCAGGUUCCCAUGAAAAUUCCAUCACAAUCUUGGAUACAGCUACGACCGGUCGUGUCCAGACCUUGAUCGGUCACCAGGGAGCGAUUGACUGCAUAGCAAUUUCAUCAGAUGGCAAGCUCCUUGCUUCCGGAUCAUCAGACAAUAGUGUCAAUAUCUGGAAUAUAGCAGAGAAUGUUUGCAUACAGACAUUGGAAGGCCAUACCGGCCAGAUCACGUCAGUAAAGUUCUCACCAGACUCCCAACGUUUAGCAUCAGCAUCAUACGUAAAGCUCUCACAAGAAGCAACCGAUCACACAAUCAGGAUUUGGGAUCUCGCCACGUCG